UCCCAUACUCUAAACACUUGGAAAAGAAAAAUCCCCAUUGAAAUUGUGGAAGAAACAUCAGUUUUCAAAUGAAAUUUGGUAAAGAGUUCAAGACCCAUCUACAGGAGACUUUACCCGAGUGGAGGGACAAAUUCCUUUGUUACAAACCCCUCAAAAAGCUCCUCAAAAACAUUCCUUCAACCCCUUCAUUUGAUCCCAAUCUCCCCCAUGAUCAACGAUCUGUAUUUGCUGACGCCACCAACACCGUUGUUACGGUCGUCGAUUCUGACCAUCAACAGCCUCCGCUUGAUUCGCAAGAUUGGUUUGUUAGAAUUCUGAACGAAGAGCUUGAGAAAUUCAAUGAUUUUUAUGUCGAUAAAGAGGAAGAGUUCGUUAUUCGCUUUCAGGAGUUGAAGGAAAGAAUUGAACAAAUUAAGGAGAGCAGUGGGAAAGGUGGAGUUUUUGCAUCAGAGAGUGAAUUUAGUGAAGAAAUGAUGGAUAUCCGCAAGGAUCUCGUCACCAUUCAUGGAGAGAUGGUGCUUCUUAAAAAUUACAGUGCCCUCAAUUUUGCAGGGAUUGUUAAAAUCUUAAAGAAGUACGAUAAACGAACGGGGGGUUUGUUGCGACUACAAUUCACUCAGCUUGUCCUUCACCAGCCUUUCUUCACAAUAGAAUCUCUUACAAGGCUAGUUCAUGAGUGUGAAGCCAAUCUCGAGCUUCUCUUUCCACUGGAAGCUGAAGUCAUUGAAUCUACUCCACAAGGAGAACCAAACCCACUGUUACAUAACACUGCAAAUUGCUCAGAGGAAGCUUCUUCGUCGACUCUGGGAGAGGAAACAAUAGACAUUUAUCGUAGCACUCUGGCUGCAAUGAAAGCAAUACACGGGCUUCAGAAGGCAAGCUCCACCUAUAAUCCUUUAUCAUUCUCGGCUUUCCUCAAGAACAAGGAUGAUGACAGUGGUGCUGUAACAGCUGAAAAUUCUGCUUCAGACUCUGCUGCCACAUUGCAAAAGGGUAAGGAGUCUGAUAAAGAGGAUGCGCAAUCUGUGCGCCGACACUAGGUUUUCAGUUUUCCCAGGUACUUUUAUCUUGUACUUCCUUUUGUUUCUUUGAACAACUGACAAAUUAAUAAAGUGUUUGAAGCUGUGUUUUGCAAUCAGUUUCAUGGUAAA